AUGCGAGAAUUACGCGUGCACGAUACACGAUACGAUGCAGAAACUGGUACGAGGCGCAGAUCAGAAGCAAACGAAGAAUUAUCGUGCCCUAAGUGCAUAGACAUAUGUGUGUGUAUGUCUCGCGUAACGCGGAAUCGCUCUGUUUUCAACGAUUGCGGUCGUGUCGCGGAUCAGAAGGAUCGGAUGAAACGUUGGCGGGAAAAAAAAUCGGACGGAGAGCACUCGCGGAUAGGGCGUGUACGAUCGCCGAUUUCAGUGAAAGUGAUUGUUCCUAGUUGUAUAAAAUCAGCAGCUGGACCGAAUGAUUGCACACUCGAAGCUGCACUCGCGAGACAAGCGACAAUGAAGACUUUCGUACUCUGUCUUUUGGUGGCCGCCGCCGUUGCCGGUGAAGUGGAGCCAGGGAAACGUGAAAAGGCGAAGAGAGGCGUGCUUCUUGGCCCAGGGGGACUUGGAGGAUCGUCAGGAGGCUUGGGCCUGAGUUCCAGCUCCAGUUACGGUGGACAUUCGGUAGGACUCGGUGGAGGAUUACCAGCAGCAGGUCUCCAAGCUUCUCUCAGUGGUGGACUGAGUGGAACUCUCUCAGGAAGCUUGGCUGGAGGAAUUUCUGGAGGAUUAAGCGGAGCUACGAUUGGUGCUCAACAAGUACCAGUUGUGGUCCCUCAUCCCUAUCCGGUAUCCAGGCCUGUGCAAACUCCCUACUACGUGAAACAAUCUGCGCCUCUCAUUAGCGAACUUCCAUUUCGCGUACCUCAGCCAAGUCAGAUUCAAUCAGCCCAACUUCAGUCAGCUCAACUUCAAUCAGGUCAAUUGGCGCAGAGGCCAUUAGGCCUUCCUCAAGGAGCUAGGCUGCCACUCUCACUUCCUAUCCCACAACCAAUCCCCAUCCCUGCACCUCAACUUGAACAUCUCCUAGGCUCAGGAGGCUCUCUUGGAAACUCUCUUGGAGGUUCCGCAGCCGCCAGUGGUCUUAGUUCAGGACUCACGGGUGGUCUCAGUAGUGCCCUAAGUGGCAGCCUCAGUGGAGGAUUGGGUUCUACUCUGUCAGGUCUAGGAUCUGGUCUGGCUAAUAGCUACAGUUCCAGUCUUGGUCCUAAUGUUCUCAGCUCUGGAUCCGGUCUAGGCUCUGGCCUAGGUGCUGGUCUUGGCUCGAUUAAUAUCUCGCCUGGAGCCAAUUUAGCAUCUAGAUUGAGUUCUACGCUUAGUGCUGGACUUGGUCCUGGAUUGGGUGCUAGUCUUGGAGCCGGACUUGGCUCUCAGAGGCUGAGUGCUAAUCUUGGGGCUGGUUACGGAGCUGGCUACGGAUACACUUCGUCCGGUGCACUUGGAGGAGGUGUACCUGGAGCAGCUGGUUCCCUACAAGGAGGAGCAAUUGGUUCUCUGGGAGGCGCAUUGGGAGCAGCUGGUUCUUUAGGAGGAACUACGAUCAUCAUCAAAAGGCACUGA